AUGAUACCUUCUCUCUUCAAUACUGGCAACUGGAGAUUGAUGAAAGUUGUUGACGGUGUUUUCAUGAUUAGGAAGGUUGUAGGUAAGGCAAUUGAGUUGGCAUUGAGGAUGGGUAAAACAAUUGAGUUGUAUGGAUUUCCUAUUUCUGUGACAGUGUCUGAUGUAAGGAAUUUUGUAGAGACUUAUACUGGUGAAGGAACUGUCUCAAUAAUCAAGCUAAGACAUGGCAAAGGUCGGGUUCCAAGGGCAUACGCUAUUAUUCAAUUCACCACAGAAGAUCGUGCUAAAUAUAUGAUCUCCAAGGCUAAAAGCAUUUUGGGACCACUGCGCUAUAGAAGUGCCUAUUUAAAAGCUCGGGAAAUGGAAAGAGAUAUUGAUCCAAAGCUGGUUUUGCAUGAUUUGGAAAGUGUGAACCUGUAUUUUGGCUGCCAGAUUUCGAAAGGAGAAUUUUCUGUUUUGUGGAAAAAGCUGGAUGUUACUCUAACUUUUGGGACUGGAAAGAGAAAGGUGCAGUUGACAUUUUCCCAUAACAACGUGCGAUAUAAACUUGAGCUUUCAUAUGAGAACAUUUGGAAGGUUGAGCUGCUUCAACCACGGGAUAAAACUGCACGUUAUCUCCUUAUUCAGUUACUUGGUGCUCCCCGGAUAUUUGAGAAUGAUGUACCUACAUCAGCAGAUAUAUAUGAUAAUCCUGCGUUCAACUUCUACCAAGUUGUUCCUGAUGACCAUUGGAUCAGAACAAUAGAUUUCACUCCGCAUAAUUGCAUUGGGCAGUCCUCCGCCAUAUGUCUGGAGUUUCCAAGUGGCCAAAAUUUACCAAAUUUCAAGGAUAACUUUGCUUAUUAUGAGCAAAGUAAGAGGCAAUACACAUUACAGUCAGGAGUUCCGUUUUCUCAAAAUUGGGGUCUUGUCCCCAUUGUUGCUCCUGGAGGUGUUGAAAUACCCUUUGACAUCUUGUUUAAAGUCAAUUCAUUGGUUCAGCACGUGUGUCUUGCAGGACCUGUACUUGAUGAUGAGUUCUAUCGCUUUGUUGAUCCAUCCAGAAUGCCCCUUAAUUUUAUUGAAAAUGCUUUAGAAAAACUGUACUAUUCAAAGGAAUUCUGUUAUGAACCCAAAAAGUGGCUGUUUGAUCAGUACAAAAGGUACCUUCAAUCGAAGAAUCAUCCUCGGCCUCCUGCAAUAUCUUUGGAUACAGGGUUGGUAUAUGUUCGCAGGGUUCAGAUCACCCCAUGCAAAGUUUACUUUUGUGGUCCAGAGAUUAAUGUCUCAAAUCGUGUUCUCCGUCAUUUCCACAAACAUAUAGAUAACUUCUUACGGGUUUCAUUUGUUGAUGAGGAGUUGGAUAGACUGUUUUCAACGGAUUUAUCAUCACGAGCACAGAACAAGAAAACUGAGAUAUACACCAGAAUUCUUUCCAUCCUUCAAAAUGGCAUUGUUAUUGGUGGUAAGAAGUUUGAAUUUCUUGCAUUCUCAUCAAGUCAGUUGCGGGAAAACUCUCUCUGGAUGUUUGCUCCUACAGGAACUGGAUGCACCGCUGCUUCCAUAAGGGGAUGGAUGGGAAAUUUUAGCCAGAUUAGGAAUGUUGCUAAAUAUGCUGCUAGGCUGGGACAAUCUUUUGGUUCAUCUACUGAAACUCUAAGCGUCCAUAGGGAUGAAAUUGAAAUUAUAAGUGAUGUGAAGAAGUUUACUUAUGAUGGAAAGGAAUAUGUUUUCUCUGAUGGUAUUGGGAAAAUAUCUCUUGGAUUUGCCAAGCGUGUGGCUAAAAAAUGUGGCUAUGAUUGCACUCCAUCUGCUUUUCAGAUUCGAUAUGGUGGUUACAAAGGAGUUGUAGCUGUUGAUCCAGCAUCACGUUAUAAGUUAUCACUGAGGAGGAGCAUGCGGAAGUAUGAGUCAGAUAACAUGAAGUUAGACGUUUUAGCUUGUAGUAAAUUUCAGCCAUGUUAUCUGAAUCGGCAGUUAAUUACCCUCUUAUCCACUCUUGGUAUCAAGGAUGGUGUUUUUCAGAAAAAACAAAAAGAAGCUGUGGAUCAACUGGACACUAUGCUAACAGAUUCAUUGAAAGCACAGGAAGUUCUGGACUUAAUGUCUGCUGGGGAGAUCACUAAUGUUCUGAAGGAGAUGCUCAUUUGUGGCUACAAGCCUAAUAAUGAACCAUUCCUUUCAAUGAUGCUGAAAACAUUUAGGGCAUCAAAACUGUUGGAAUUGCGUCUGAAAUCCAGGAUCAUUAUUCCAAAAGGAAGAGCAAUGAUGGGUUGUCUAGAUGAAACUAAAAACCUGGAAUAUGGUCAAGUAUUUGUGCAGUUUUCUAACAGUAGGCUGCGGGAUUCUGAUGAUUCUUUUUCUUAUAAUUUGCCAAAGAAUUAUAUGGUUACAGGUAAGGUAGUAGUAGCUAAAAACCCUUGCUUGCACCCAGGUGAUGUGCGUAUUUUACAGGCUGUGGAUGUGCCAGAUUUGUACCACAUGGUGGACUGUGUUGUUUUCCCUCAAAAAGGACCAAGACCUCACCCAAAUGAAUGUUCGGGAAGUGAUCUAGAUGGAGAUAUCUACUUUGUUUGUUGGGACCCUGAAUUGAUUCCCUCUCACCAAAUCGAACCGAUGGACUACACUCCUGCCCCAACUACAGAACUGGAUCAUGAUGUGAGAAUUGAGGAAGUUGAGGAGUAUUUUACCAAUUACAUUGUCAAUGACAGUCUGGGAAUAAUUGCCAAUGCACACACUGUAUUUGCUGAUAAAGAAGCAGCGAAAGCAAUGUCUGGUCCAUGUAUUGAGCUUGCAAAGCUGUUCUCAACGGCAGUUGACUUUCCAAAAACUGGUGUUCCAGCUGUUAUUCCUCCGCAUCUUUAUGUCAAAGAAUAUCCUGACUUCAUGGAGAAGCCUGACAAGCUUACCUAUGUAUCACGUAAUGUAAUAGGAAAGCUCUUUAGGGAAGUGCAAGAAAUUUCAUCAAGUGCUGGGGGCUCUAUUACAUCCUUCACUCGUGAUGUUGCGGUAAACUCUUACGACCCUGACAUGGAAUUUGAUGGCUUUGAGGAUUAUGUUGAUGAUGCUUGCUAUCAUAAAUCCAACUAUGACUACAAGUUGGGAAAUCUGAUGGACUACUAUGGGAUCAAAACUGAAGCUGAAAUCCUCAGUGGUAAUAUCAUGAAAAUGUCAAAAUCUUUCAACAAAAGGAGGGAUUCAGAAGCAAUCAAUAUGGCUGUGAGGUCCCUAAGGAAAGAGGCCCGGUCCUGGUUCAAUGAGGGAAGCAGUGGUGUAGAUUUUGAGAAUAGUGAUGAUAAAUAUGCAAAAGCUUCUGCUUGGUACCAUGUUACUUAUCAUCCAAGUUACUGGGGUUGCUACAAUGAAGGCAUGAUCAGGGAUCAUUUUCUAAGUUUCCCAUGGUGUGUAUACCCUCAGCUUGUUCAAAUCAAGAAGGAGAAAGUCUCGAACAGAAUGUACUCUAGGGAAUUCAGUUUAAGUGGGUUGCGUUUGAAUUGA